AUGGCUUCAUCAGCUAAAUAUGAUUAUAUUUGUCCUCAACACAACAAUCAUAACUUCAGACCCAUCAGUGAAGUGGUUUCAACACAUAAGGAGGAGCUCAAUACAGCACUGAAGUCCUUACUGGAGAAACGUCAACACAAAGAAAACAUUAAAGGAGAGUUUGAGAAAACACUUCAACACAUCAACUCUCAAGCUGAGCACACAGAGCGUCAGAUUAAACAGCAGUUUGAGAAGCUUCAUCAGUUUCUCAGAGAUGAAGAAGAAGCUACAAUCACUGCACUGAGGGAGGAAGAGGAGCAGAAGAAGCAGAUAAUGAAGGAGAAGCUGGAGGAGAUGAACAGACACAUCUCAGCUCUUUCACACACAAUCAAAGACACGGAGGAGAUGAUGAAAGCCAGUGACGUCUGCUUUCUGAAGGAGUUUCCAGUCUCAAUGGAAAGAGUCCAGAUCUCAUCACAGCCGGAUCCACAGACGCCUUCUGGAGCUUUAAUUCAUGUGCCACGUUACCUGGGCAACCUGCCCUUCAGAGUCUGGAAGAAGAUGCAGGACAUCGUCCAGAACACUCCUGUGAUUCUGGAUCCAAACACGGCACAUCCACAUCUCGUCCCGUCUGAUGAUCUGACCAGUGUGAGAUGGAACUGGAACAAACUACCUCUUCCUGAUAAUCCAGAGAGAUUUGACUCGUAUCCCUGUGUUCUGGGUUCAGAGGGUUUUAACUCAGGAACACACUGCUGGGAUGUGGAGGUUAAAGAGAGUUCAGACUGGAUUCUUGGAGUAACUACAGCAUCAAACCAAAGGAAAGGACGUGAUUUCUAUAAGACUGGUGUCUGGAGUGUGUGGUACGAUCAGUAUAGCCUGUCUGAGCAGCCUGUCUUUGGCUUUCGUGUUGAACAGCAGCUUGAUCGUGUGAGAGUGAAUCUGGACUAUGACAGAGGAACGGUGUCAUUCUCUGAUCCUGUAACUAACACACAUCUACACACAUUCACAACCUCCUUCACUCACACACUCUUUCCAUUCUUCUGUUGUUAUACUAUUUUCACUAUGAGGAUCUUACCGUUCAGUAGUUAG